GUAAAUAGUAGAUAGCCUACAUCAUUGUAUUAGGGUAAAGUUUAUAAUAAAGGUCAUUACAGACCACUUUUUGGUAUAAUUGUUUGGUAUUAUUAUUGUUAUUGUUUUUUUAUUAUUAAUCACCAUUUACACCUUAUAUAAUAACAAAUUACAUUAUUAUAAAUUGCACGUAUUACGUUAUGUUUAAAGGUAAAAAAAAAACUUGAAACAAAAUGUGAGAAUAUAGAAAGAAAAAAAUGUGGGUUGGCGCAUGCGCACACAUCCGCUAAGAAGCGCAUAUCGACGGGUAGCACAUCACGACAGAACACCCCCGGCUCAUUAGUAUCCGCACCUACUCCAUUCAAACGGGGUUUAUGGAGAAAUACAGUUAGCUAGCAGUAAAACACUCAGCAGGUAGAUGGCUAGCUUUAAGCUUUUCACAGAUGGGACCACCAACAAGCUGGUGGGCUGCUAUGUGGACGACAGUCCGGAGGAUGUGGUGCUGGUGAGGGUGUAUGGCAACAAGACUGAGCUCAUCGUUGAUCGAGACAAUGAGCUGAAGAGCUUUCAGGUGUUGCAUGCUAACGGUUGUGCUCCACGCCUUUACUGUACCUUCAACAAUGGAAUCUGCUAUGAGUUCAUGCAGGGAGAUGCCCUCGGCACCCAGGACGUCAGGGACCCUGUGCUGCUAAGACUUAUUGCUGCAGAGAUGGCCCGCAUCCAUGCCAUCCACGCUCACAACGGCUGUAUCCCUAAACCCAACUUGUGGAUCAAGAUGCGCAAGUACUUCUCCUUAGUGGCCACAGAGUUCACAGACCGAGCCUCCAAUGCCAGAAUCCGCCAGGAAGUCCCGAGUAAGGAAGUGCUGGAACAGGAAAUGACGUGGAUGAAGGAACACCUGUCCCAGCUGGGCUCUCCAGUAGUGCUCUGUCACAACGACCUGCUCUGCAAGAACAUUAUUUACAACGAGAAGGAAGGUCACGUUCGGUUUAUAGAUUACGAGUACUCCAGCUACAACUACCAGGCAUUCGACAUUGGGAAUCAUUUCAACGAGUUUGCAGGCAUGAGCGAACUGGACUACAAUUUAUACCCCAGUCGGGAGAUGCAGCUGGACUGGCUGCAGACCUACCUGAGGGCCUACAAGCUGUGCAGUAAGAAGGGCGAAGAAGUGAGCCAGCGUGAGAUAGAGACACUCUACGUGCAGGUCAACAAGUUUUCUCUGGCGUCACAUUUCUUCUGGGGUUUCUGGGCCCUCAUCCAGGCCAAGUAUUCCACCAUCGACUUUGACUUCCUUGGUUAUGCUGUGCUGCGCUUCAAUCAGUACUUCAAGACCAAGCCCAUGGUAAUGGCACUCAAGAUCCCAGAGUGAGGAGCGUGGAUCACCCAACCACUGCCCACACAUUGAUCCUCAUUGACCCUGGAAGCAUAGGCACUUUUUCCAGCUUGUGUUUUUUUUUUUGUUUUUUUUGUUUUUUUGCGGGAUCCCGCAAGGGUGGAUAAUAGGAUGAGUCGAGUUUGAGUCAGGCCAACUUUUUCUUUCUUUACCCCACUGACAAAAAGCAAUCUUUCCCUGCCCCCCCCCCCCUUUUUUUUUAUUUUUUUUUCUCACUGACGAACUCGAUCCACCUGCCGUCUUCACUUCCAGUCGAUCCAGAUUCCAUCACUGAUUUAGGCACUUUUGUGAGUUCUUUUCUUCUUUUUUUCUAAUGUAUUAUUAUUUUUCCAUUUUUUUUCUCUUUGUUUUAUUUAUUAUGGGGAGCGGUUGUGCAAAGGUGUACCUUUCUCCCCAGCCAAAGCAGCCUAUGGAGAAGCGGACGCACAGUAGAUUCUAUGCAGUUAGAAUGGCUUGGAGAGUGCGGUGGGCGUUUGCGGUGGACCUUUUGCAGUGUGCGCAUCUCGGCAAACGUUGUUGAAUGCGUUUGAAUAGAAAAGAAGGAAGAAUCUCACACUAUAUUCAACUCAACUCACUGUAACGACACAUCUCUGCUGCGUAGGGGGGAAAGAACCAAAAAUGAGUCAGCAGACCUGAAGUAGCAUUUUGUAGGAGUGAAGAGAGCAGGCUGAUCAACUGACCGUGACUCUCUCUUUUUUCUUUUUCUUUUUUUUUUGGGACAUUGUUCCAGAACAUUCCUCAGAAGUUAGGGCCACAAGGGCCAUUCGCCCUCCACUUUCUAAGGACCAGGCCUUUUCUGCCUUUGAGGCUUUUAUGGUAAUUAACAGCUCUGUUGAAUUUUCCAUUUGUCACAGGUGGUGGAAAAUCCCAGCCACCCCUCACCUCUUGCCCUCGCAUCACCUGGCGAGAAACGAGCCGGGUAACCAAAAAGCUUCAUCCGCUUUGACGUCUGCAGCAUUCAGCCCUCUUGGCACGCACUUCUAAUGUCUGAGCCCUCUCCAAAAAAUAAAAGUGUGAUCUGCAGUUUCUAGCAGUUUCCCAAAACAGGAAAAAGACUGAAAUUAUAUAACGCCGUUGCAUAAGAUGAUCCAGGCCAUCAGCGGCUGAAGCUUCGCACCGGCUCAUCUUCCUCAAGCAUUAAGUCCAAGAUUAAUUACUGUUUCAUCAACAUCAGCAUCAGCAUUAGAGACAAAGGAUGAACUUAAAAUUUAACCCCUUCAAACUACAAACUGCAGAUGUGGACUGUUGUAAGAAAGGAAUCCAGACUAAAUGCAUCACUAGUUGCAUCAGGGUUAAAGUGUUCUUCCUAUUUGGCGCCCUCAAAUUUACCUGCAGUGCAACCAAUAAUAAUAAUUCCAGCUAACUGUUUUCACUCACAGCCUUUUAGUAUCUUAUUUUAUUCAUAAUGUUGGUUAUUUAAUAUAUCUCCAAACACGUUUUUCACCUGUUCUUUAUCUUUCUAUGUUAUAUUUCCUCCGAAUUGGAACAUUCCAUCAAUACAGUACAAUAUUGUGAAAAGUUGGAGACCACCCUUUGUUUGUUUAAUGUCCAGUCAAAGCAGCAAUUACAUUUUAGGCUUAUAGUUAUUUAUUAUUGUAAGGAAAUUAGAUAUAGAGAAUAUAGAAGAUAAGCCACUUGCACAAGGAACAUUGAGUGUUGCUCUUUUUGUUUGGUUUGGUUUGGUUUUACUAAGGAAGGAGGAAACCAAAGCCUACCACAAUGCAUCACAACUAUUUAAACCAUGUGAAAAUGUUGUUUCUGUUUAUUGGUCAGAUCUGUCUGGAGCGUGAGCAAGAAAGUAAAUACAGAAAGAAGGUCCUGUGUUUUGGUAUAGUGUAGGUUUCCGUGUAAUUUAACAUGGAGCAAGGACAGAAAUAGCUUUGGUUCAUUACUGCAGUAAUUAUCUGGCUAGUAAAGCAGAUUAAAACUUGCAAAUAGUACAUCUAAAUGUUGAGUCGAUCAACAUCGGAUCACAUUCUCUGCGCAAAAAAAAACACUUAUUUAAAAAAAAAAAAAAAAAAAAAAACUUUCUUUGGAAGCAGACCAAGACCAUACCCUCUAAGGGGCACGGUUAAGUUGUUUUGGUCUGUAUCUGAGUAUGAUUUCUGUGUUCACACCUGCCCAAACAAAUCUAAUAAAAAAAUAAAGGACUAAAAGUACAACUCAACGUUGGAAGUGUUUUUCAAUGCAGUUUUGACUGGAAAUCAUUACAAGCAGGGAUGGUCUCCAGGUUUUUCACUAUUUGCUCCACAUAUUUAUUAUCCAUAGCUUCAUUAAAGUCUGUUUGAAGCUUUGGAGCGAUUCCCAGAUUCAUUUUCGGUGUAGAAAUCUGUGGUGAAAUUCACCAACUGUUGCACAAAUGUAAUUUCUCCUGAUCAAAUAUAGGCAUGUUUCAAUCAAAUCAAUGUAAAUUUUUGUUUUUUUUUUUUGCACCCCCCCCCCCCCCCCUUCCUUUCUUGUCUUCUUUCCCCCCGAGCUGCAUGCUGAAGUGGUUUAGAGACUGUGGUCUGCUCUGUUUUACACUGAACCCUUUGCUUCAGGCAGUUUCUCCAACCCAAGUGUCCUUCUGACUGGAGGCCAGUUCAAAUCCUGAUCCUAGUUCAAGUUCAAAGGCAUUAUUGUCAAAGGUAUAUGAAGGUGUUUUAAUGUGUUUCUGAAGUCUGUUGGCACAUGUUGAAGGCUCUGAGCUCAGGCUAGUCACGCAUUGCUGCUCAGGUGCACCCACACUGUCGGACGUUAAUGGUUGAUGACGCUGGUUAAUAAUGAAGCAGCCCAAGCUCCCGGCAAUAACUGGAACCAAGAAGCACCAUGAAUAAUUUUGUAGCUAGUGAGGCGCUAAACGAUCCCGAACGACCUGACGGCGUUUAGAUGACGACAGAGUUUAGUCUGGCUCCAGAGCAGGGGUGUCAAACUACUUUCAGGUAUCUAAUUCUCAUUGCAUCAAGGGGCUUAGACAGAUUUUCUAAUUGAGAACAGCUCUACUUACAGCUCUGUCUGAGCUACUUUAUUUAGCUAAUUUAUUUAUUAUAUAAUAAUAUCUGUGUAAUAUCUGUACACAGAGCCAAUUUUCAGUGUUUAAAUCCAUCAGGACUAAAAAAAAAAAAAGAAAAACAGUGCUCUAAAGGUGCUAGCUAACAUUUCUGAAGAACAUCUUAGUGACGUAGCAGAACAAAAGAAAGAAAAAGUUUACAAUUGUGAAAUUUUGUAACUUUUAACACAGUUUGUUUGGAAUCAGGCUGCAUGAUACAUCAUUUCAGCAUCGCCAUAGAAUGUAUGCUAUAGUCACAUUAUGUAUAUAUACUAUAGUCAUAUAUGUAUAUAUAUAUAGUCAUAUAUAGUCAUAUAUGUAUACAUACUAUAGUCAUAUAUACUAUAGUCAUAUAUGUAUAUAUACUAUACUCACAUUAUAUAUAUAUAUAUAUAUAUGUAUAUGUAUAUAUAUAUAUGUAUAUGUAUGUAUGUAUGUAUGUAUGUAUGUAUACUAUAGUUACGUAUGCUAUAGUCACAUCCCAGGAUGUGCAGUGUUAUAUCGUGCAGUUUAAAACAUCAACAUUUUGUGUAUUUCGGGUAUUAAACUGUUCUCAUUUGCCAUGACUACUUCUACCAGACGCAGAUUAUGUGUAGCCAUUAUUAAGAAUGCACAGAAUAUUCGCCAACAUAAAUUAAAUAAAAAGAUUAAUGAAGAGAAGAAUAGGAAUAAUCUAAAACUACAUUAAUUUCUUUGAUAAAUGUAUUUAGGCUAUUUAAUUCAUGCAAUGGUGAAAAAAGUGUCAAAAGUAAUGCAAACCUGCAAAAAAAAGUUUUACUUUAAUUUAGUUUAGUUUAGAUUCUGGCCCAAAAAUAACAUUUCAGUGCAUUUCUACCGUGCGGAAUUUAUUUUACUCCAAUCUAGCAUAUACAGUGUGCUUAAUCUCAUCAUUACUUCUGGU